CAUACACUCCAACAUGUCAUGCUCAAUAGAUGAACCCACAAUGACAGUGGCUGAAAAGCGAGCCAAGGCAAGGGCAGUUCAUGUCGGCUUUUGCUGCAAGUGUAAAACUACCCGGUCUACCAUUAUUGUUAGAUAUGCCGAAUAUUGCGACCCAUGUUUUCUAAUUGCUCUCGAUUCCAAAUUCAGGACAGCUCUGCGUAAUGCUCGACCAUACAGAGUCACCAAUCCGGAGAAUGUCAUGCUCGCAUUCUCAGGAGGUUCAUCGUCGAGAUCACUUAUACACCUAUUCGACGUAUUUCAUUCGCUACCCCCGGAGGUUACCUCAAACAAACAGCAACCAAAGAUCUACAAUGAUAUUCACGUUUGCCAUGUUGAUGAAUCAUGUCUGUUCGAGCCAUCCUCCUUACAAACACAAAUACAGUCGCAAGGCCAGAACGACUCACAUAGCAAAGAGAUCAAGGAGGAGAAACUUGACGGCUCGACAAUGGAACAGGCCCGAUCUAUUGCUGCUCACUAUAAUUAUCUUUUUCAUGGAGUGCGAAUCGAGGAUAUUUAUGAUCCAGAGUGGGCUGAUUCACAUUGUUUUGAGGCAGUGGCAACGUUAGUCACAUCACUCCCUAAGGAUCAACUGGCCAUAUCUGGUGAAGCACCCGAAUUACUUUCUCAUAUUCAUCCCAUGUCUCCUCUCUCUACAUCAUCAGGACCACCAGGAUUAUCAUCUGAAACAACGAGGCGGCAGAAAAUGUCUCGACAGGAAAAGAUUGCUAAGCUUAAAGCACUGUUGGCAGCAUGUACAACAUUGACAGCCAAGGAAACGAUCUUGGGGCACAUCCGAUCUAGUUUACUCGCUCAACUUGCAAAACGUGCUGAUUGUACAAUCCUUGCGCUUGGAGAUUCUGCAACUAGAGUGGCAAUACAGAUUAUUGGGCUCACUGCUAUUGGACGUGGUUUCUCUCUGCCUCAUGAAACUUCGCUAGAGUCAAACUGGAUACAAGGCUGCAAGGUCAUUCGACCGCUCAAGGACUGUCUUGCGAAAGAGUUGGAUACACUAUGCAGACUGAGCAAUUUGGAGGUGAUUGAGAAACAUACUGCAAGAUUAGGCUGGACAAUUCAAAGUAAGGGUGAGAUCAAGAGCAUUAAGCAGUUGACAGAGGAAUUCAUCAUCGGUCUUGAUAAAGACUUCCCCUCUACCGCAGCAACAGUCUGUAGGACUGCGGCCAAGCUGACACCACCAGAUGUUCAGUAUCAAGAUAAAUGUCCGCUCUGUCAUGGACCCGUACAGGCUGGCGUCCAGGAAUGGAAAAAAAGGAUUACAGUCACAACACCACCUUCAAGAGAUGAUCAGGAGACUGCUAAAGAUUUUAACGACACAUGCUGUUCUUCAACAGUGGGAACUAGCUGCUGUAGCAACAGUAACCGAUCCAUCAACUCAUCUUCAUCUUGUACACAAAAUUCUACAAAGAGUCAUUCUACAGACGAAAAACCACCACUCCCGUUCUCAUCUCUUCUCUGCUAUGGAUGCCUAACGAACCUUCGUGAUCUAAACCUCAAAUCAAUGGGCAGUUUGAACGGAGACGAGACCUCUCAAUUUGAGCUACCUCCAUAUGUCGCAUGGACUAUCUUGGAUCGUGUGGGCUACAAAUCACUUGAGGAUUACGAAAAUGCAUUUGUGGCCAAAGAUACCGAUGUGGAUCCUCGUGAAAGCCUUCGAGAACAGAUUCAAGAGUUUUUGAUUGCUUCCGACAGUGAAAGUGAAGAGUAAAUUAGACAUAAAACAUAUUAAAAAAC